AUGUCUUGCUGCCCUACUCCCUGCUGCGCCCCAUGCUGUGCACCCUGUUGCACCCCUUGCUGCGCCCCCUGUUGCGUCCCUUGCUGCCCCCCGCCCUGUGUCUACGUACCCUGCGUGGUGCCUUGCUGUUGCCCCUGCCCCCCGCCGUGCUGCCCAUCCAACGGCAACGGGAACGGAAACGGAAAGAAAUGCUGUGUGUCCGUGCGCGCCGCCCCCGCCGUGUCCGUGUGCGCCCCUCUGCGUGCCCUGUUGUCCCCAACCCUGCGUGUUGAUGCCCUGUUGUCAGAUUUGUCCACCGACUUGCUCUCCCUGCUGUUGCCCCCCAUUAUUGAUAAGGAAGUAGUUACUCGGUUUGAAAGUGAUAAGAGUGAUGGAAAGUGUUUUGCCAAUUUGUUCGUAAAGAGAGAUUGGGGCAAGGACUUGUGUGAAUUACCAGAAAAUUUAAAAUCGAAAUAUUUGUGUGAAAAAUUGGAAAAAAUUUGGCUUGAGUUGAAACCAAAAAAGAAAAAGCUUUCAAUCAUUGAGCCACUUCUCAAGUGUCACUUUUUCACCUACUUUUUCUUGGGUCUAACUCAAUUAAUUGUUAAAACUUCAUUAAUUAUUGGUUAUCCGUUCCUGAUUGACAAAUUUUUGGAAUCCCGAAGUGUUUUUGGCUUUUCAUUGGUCGCUUUAUUCCUUUUGGAAACUCUCUACGACCAGUGGUACAUGUUUAAGCUGAAAUUGUUGCAAUUACAAGUCGAAUCGGCCCUUUGUGGGCUCAUUUACCGAAAAAGUUUAAAAUUGCCUCAAGUGCAUUUUGGCAAAAUUUUGACUUUCAUAACUAAGGAUUGUCAUAACCUUAACACAUCUCUGCGAAGAGCCAAUGACGUCUGGAUCUACAUUUUACAAUCAAUUUUCUUAAUUUAUUUAAUUUUCAGAAAAGUAGGAUUCACAGUUUUAGUUCCAAUAAUUUUUUUCCUGGGUAUAUUAGUACUGCAAGUCCGCUGGGCCCUUAAAUCAAAAAUUCUGAAAACAAUAAUGCUGGAAACAACUGAGAGUCGUUUCGGUUUCACCCAAACCGUUUUAUCUGGAAUAAAAUCAGUGAAAAUGAACAAAUGGGAGACGGUUUUCGGGGAAAAACUGUGCAAAAUUCGAUCGGAGGAAAUCAGUCUCACUCAUAAGAUUUUCCUACUCAAAUUUCUCAUCUCCUCAAAUGCCACACUCUGGAUUUGUGCCAGUUUCUUCCCCUGGACGGCCAUGUACCUCAAUAAAAUGUCCCUAGACGCCAUUUUUAACCUCUUCCAGAUUUACCAAAUUUUGGGUCACGUGUUAUUGACACUUGUGCCACUUUCUGUAAGUCAGAGUGCCGAAACUUUGGCCACUAUUGACCGACUCGACUGUUUUUUACAACUGGGCGAAGUACCAAUAAGGGUACCAGUGGGUGCCUCAAGUGCCCAAAUAGCCCUAACAAAGGUCACUGUAACACUAAAUAGGGAAACCGUGCUUCGCGACAUUAACCUUGACCUUGGGACGGGUCUACACCUAGUGACUGGUGCAGUCGGUAGUGGGAAAACCUCCCUUUUGAAGACAAUUUUGCGAGAGUUUGAGCCAAUCACAGGCCAGGUUUUAACUCAAGGUUCUCUCACUUUUUCGUCCCAAAAACCUUGGAUUUUUGCGUCGACAAUACGCCAAAACAUAUUAUUCGAGGAAAAUUUUGAUGAGAUGAGAUACAACCAAGUUUUGCAAGUUUGCGACUUGAGCUUUGACCUCAAAAAACUGGGCGAUUUGACCCCAAUUCAAAGCUCGAGUUUGAGUAAAGGGCAAAGGGCUCGGAUUAACUUAGCUCGGGCUGUUUACAAAAACUGUGAUAUUUAUCUACUAGAUGACCCUUUGGCUAGUCUAGAUCACGAAACAAAGAAUUUGAUAUUUGAAAAAUGUGCGUCAUUUCUCCGAGAAAAACUGGUGGUUUGGACAGCAAGAGAAAUGUUCGAUUGCCCGAAUUGUGUGGUUUUAGACAAAGGAAAAAUAAUUUCUGUUGAAAAAUUUGAAACAAAAAUUCGAAAUUUUGACUUGUUUCAAGAACCAAAAAUUGAGGAUACUGUCGAUGACGCGAGUGAUGAAAUAACCCAAUUGUUACCAAAACCUGAGCCUCUUAAAUUUUUUUUUGAGGAAGAGACUAGAGGUGGGAGCGUUGAUUUCAAAAUUUACAAGAAAUGGAUCCAAACAACCGGUUUUUUUCUCGUCUUUUUCGUAAUUUUUCUUGUGGCUUGUUUGCCACUAAUGGUCAAAAUUUUCGACACAUCUCUAAUCUCCUGGAAAGUCGAAUUAAAGGAGCGAAAAAAUAUAAUAGCUAGACAUAUCGCCCUGUUUAUGAUUUAUUUGAUUUUCAUCGUUAUUUCCAAUGUUAAUUUUCUUAUUUUUAUCAAAAAGGCUUCAAUUAAACUUUACAAAUUUUUAUCACAAGCCGUGUUAAACGCCGACUUGGCGUUUUUUAGCAAAAAUUUGAGUGGACAAGUUUUGAGUCGGUUUUCAAGAGAUUUGCUCGUUUUGGAUGAAAUUUUACCGUUUUUGUAUUACGAUUCUUGCAAGACUUUAUUUAGCGCAAUAUGGGCCAUAGUUGAGUUAAUUCUAGUGCAAAAGAUUUUUCUAGUGGCUGUUACAAUUUUUAUUCUCAGUGUUACAACUUUGCAAAAAAAAUUUCGUUCAGUUGCAACUGACGUGAAGAGAUUGGAAGCCUCAGCCAAAAGUUUAAUUAUUGAUUAUUUUAACUCUACUUUAGAAGGAUUAACAACAAUACGGGCACAAAAUACCAAUUCUGUUUUUUACCAAGAGUUUGAAAACCGUUUAGAUUUGUACACAUCUGCAUCUUUUACGUAUAUGUGUACCAAAAGAAUUUUUUUCAUUUCUUUUAAUUUAGUUUCUUCCAUAUUUCUUGGAGUAGUAAUAAGCCGAUUUUUGGUCGUUACGUCUGAAUCACUCAAUAUACAUUUUGCCCUGCAUCAAAGCCUUUUCCUCAUACAAAUUUUGAGCGAGGGACUUUUAAAAUGGAGUGAAUUUGAAACACACUUUAAUUCAGUGGAGCGAAUUUUGGACUAUUCUUAUCAGAAAAAAACAAAAUUUGUAUUGAAAAAUUGUCCAAAAAUCGGAGAAAAUCAAGUCGAAAAUGUCGAUCUUUUUGUACCCAACUCAAAAAACGUGACUUUUGGGGAUUCCCGAAAGGAAAAAAUUGGAAUAAUUGACAAUAGUGGAUCCGGAAAAACCGAUUUAAUUUUCACACUUAUCGACCCUCACGGGAAACUUUCUUCGAGUGGAAAAAUUUCAGGCUUUUCAGAAGACCCAAUUUUCUUUCAGUCAACUAUUCGAGAAAAUGUUGACCCGUUUGGAGAACACACAAACUCGGAAAUUUGCGACGUUUUGAAAGCAUUAAAUUUCUACAGAUUUUUUUUCCUUGAUUUGGAAGAAGAAAUAUUCGACCUCAGCGAGGGGCAAAAAGAAAUAAUUUGCUUGGCAAGACUGAUAUUAGAUAAAAGUGAUAUUGUGAUCAUCGACAAUCCCAGUGUUUAUUUCGACCUGAAGCAUUUUUUGGGACGCACUGUAAUAAUUGUAAGCCACGAUUCGCGAAUUUUGGAAAAGUGUGAAAAGACUAUCUUAUUACUAAAUGGCGAAGCCGUAUUAUGUGUUGCCUAACCAAACCAAUAAACUCAAAAAUUACUCAGAUGGCUAAAUAAAACAUAGUUUUUGGUAUUUAAAACAAAAUUCAUUAAA